AUGGUCAAAGCAGAGUCGAACUCUUCCGGUCAUACCACCAUUGGCGGUCGAGUGCUUCGAAGCCGCGCACGCACUGCGACGCUGGACGAGUCUGUGCUGAACCAAAUCAAAGAACAUCAGAGGGAAUUGGUGAAGCAGAAGCAGAGCCAAGGACUAAAGCGCUUCUCUGGUGAAGGCGGCUCUACACGCAACCUGAAUGAGCCUGUUUUUGAGAAGUUUGAGAGCUAUCGGCGCGAGAGCCAGCUCCCUAAUAAGGUGGAAGAACUUCGUAUCAUGGUCGAUCACCGAGCCCAAUCGGUUAUUCUUCCCAUUAAUCAAUUUGCUGUUCCGUUCCAUAUCAAGACACUGAAAAAUGUCAGUAAAUCUGACGAAGGUGAAUUCACGUAUUUGCGCAUCAAUUUUGUUACCCCAGGACAGCUCUCUGGUAAAAAGGAUGAUGUUCCUUUUGAUGAUCCGAACGCUACAUUCAUUCGCAAUGUCAGCUACCGAUCGACCAAUGCGCGUCAUUUUGAUGACUUGUACAAUGAAAUUAAUGAGAUGCGUCGUGUUGCAGCAAAGCGUGAGGCUGAGCAAAAGGAGAUGGCCGAUGUGGUCGAGCAAGACCAACUGAUUUUAAACAAGCAACGCCCUCUCUCCCUUCCUGAAGUGUUUCCCCGUCCUGCUUUGGAAGGAAAGCGCGUUCCUGGUAACCUGACUAUCCAUCAAAAUGGUGUUAGAUUCAUGUCGCCUCUACGUCAGGACCAAAAGAUUGAUAUCCCAUUCAGCAACGUCAAGCACUUAUUUUACCAACCAUGUGACAAAGAAUUGAUCGUGCUCAUCCAUUUUCAUCUUAAGUCGCCUGUUAUGAUCGGAAAACGUAAAACCAAAGAUGUUCAAUUCUACCGCGAAGCUUCCGAUGUUCAAUUCGAUGAAACGGGUAACAGAAAGCGCCGCUACCGAACGGGUGACGAAGAUGAAAUUGAACUGGAACAAGAGGAGCGGCGUCAUCGCCAUAUGCUUAACAAAGAGUUUAAACACUUUGCACAGCGCAUAGCGGAUGCCUCAAAUGGUCGCAUUCAAGUUGAUAUUCCUUAUCGUGAUCUUGGAUUCAACGGCGUGCCAUCUCGUGCCAGUGUACUUCUCCAGCCUACUACGGACUGCCUUGUGCAUCUCUCGGACCCACCAUUCCUUGUCGUAACUCUUUCAGACAUUGAGAUUGUGCACCUUGAACGUGUGCAGUAUGGUCUUUCUUCAUUUGAUAUGGUAUUUGUUUUCAGUGACUUUAAUCGCGCUCCAUUGCAUAUUAGCAGCGUGCCAACUAGUUCGCUGGAUGAUGUCAAACAGUGGCUUGACUCUGUUGAUGUCUGUGUCACGGAGGGUGCCGUCAACCUCAAUUGGGGCGCGAUCAUGAAGACAAUCAAUGACGACCCAUACGCUUUCUUUCAAGAAGGAGGCUGGGGUUUUCUACAAGCGGAUGGCAGUGAUGCUUCGGAUGCAUCUGAUAGUGAGUCUGCCUCAGAGUUUGAUUCCGAACUUGAUGAUGGUGACGAGGAAUCUACAGAAUAUUCUGAGAGUGGUUCAGACUUCGGGGAAUCUGAAGAAAGUGGGUCCGAGCCAGAAGAGGAUAGCGAAGACGAAGGUGAAGAUUGGGAUGAAUUGGAAGCAAAAGCUGCCCGUGAUGAUCAGAAAAAGCGUCGUGACCGUGAUGAUCUGAGCGGUAGCGAAACCGAGGAUGUUAAGCCUCGCUCGAAGAAGAGCAAAGGUGGUUUCAAAUAA